AUGGCGACGCCUACUGCAACACAGCAGAAACCGAUCCACUCGCUUAUUCUCGAUACUGGUCCAUUGAUCAAGAACACAGUGUCGAUAUCUACCAUCAUCAACGCCGCGGAGGAACUAUGGACUACUCCUGCCAUUCUGUCUGAAAUUCGCGAUGAAGCGACACGAUCACGCGUGCAAACAACGCUCAUUCCCUUUCUGAAGAUCAGAAAUCCCAGUCCGGCAAGCUACGAUGCGGUCAUUGCGUUCAGUAAAAAGACGGGUGAUCAUGCAGUUCUGAGUAGACAGGAUCUGGGUAUCCUAGCUCUGGCUUAUGAGGUGCACUGUGAGAGGAAUGGUGGGAACUGGGGCCUGAGAGAGGCGCCGAAGGGAGAGAUCAAGAGGAGGCCUGAGGACAUUGAGAGGGAGAAUGAGGAAAAGGCGCAAAAAGAGGGCUCUUCAAACUCUACAAAGAAGCGCAAGAACAGACGAAGGGCGGCCAAAUCUACCAGCAAUGCUGCCGAGGACGAAGCUGAAGAUGCAACGGAGGGCGUGCAAGUCGACCCCGAAUCCGCUGAGCCAGAGGGGAUCGACGAGGGAUGGGAACAGCCUACAGGUAAGCGCGCGGCGAAGGCUAGAGCGCCCAAAUCUACCAAGUUCAAUUUUAAGCCUGCCGAGGAGUUAGACAGCAACCCAGAACAGGCAAAGCAACCGGAAGAGCAACCCGCCCCAGCUGAGGCAGAUGAAGAGGACGGUGGAGUAGCAAUCACACAAGAGCAGGUCGAGGAACAGAUACACGAACAGGUCGUUGCACAGGUUCAAGAUCAAGUUCACGAGCAGGUACAAGAUCAAAUACACGAGCACCUUGAGAAGCAGGGUCAGGGAGAGCUUGAGUCUCAGGCUGUAGAGCAAGCCGAGGAGAAAAUUGAAGAGCAGGUCCAAGAACAAGUCCAAGAGCAACUUCAAGAACAGGUUGGUGACCAAGGGCCAAUCGAGCAGUCGGCGGCAGUCGAGGUACCCACCACCAACAUCCACAUUGAGCAGAAUGCAGAGCUUUCACUCGCGCCUGAGCAAUCUGGGCAGGAGCAGCAACCGACCCAAGAAGUCAGCUCAGAUGAGCCGAACCUUGAGCGAGACAUGGAGGACCUCUCGAUCUCUCAUCACGCGGCUCAGCAACCCACACCCCCCACAACUGAUGAUUCGGCUGCGGACUCAGACUCGGAUGGUGACUGGAUCACCCCUCAAAAUCUCACCGAGCACCAAGCUAAAGAUGGAGCCAUCCAAGCGCAAAUCCACACAUCCGCCAACCGCCAAUUAGACGUAGCAACCAUGACCAUCGACUUUGCGAUGCAAAACGUAUUACUCCAGAUGAACCUUCAGCUCCUAUCAACAAACAUGCAACGCAUCAAGAACGUCAAUACAAAGGUGCUUCGCUGCCACGCAUGCUUCAAUAUCGUAAAGCAAAUGGACAAGCAAUUCUGUCCCCGCUGCGGUCAAGCAACCCUACAGCGCGUAUCUUGCUCCACAAAUGCCGCCGGAGAGUUCAAGAUCCACUUGGCCAAGAACUACCAGUACAACAAGCGUGGUGACAAAUACAGUAUCCCCAAGCCUAUCGCUGGCACCGCGAACACAAAGUGGAGUCAUGGCCAGGGCGGAGGCAAAGGUGGCUGGGGUCGAGAUCUCAUCCUCGCCGAGGACCAGAAGGAAUACACAAGGCGCGCGGAGGAAGAUAAGCGGACUAGGACGAGGGAUCUCAUGGAUGAGAACUAUCUGCCAGGCAUCUUGACGGGUGACCGAGGGAGGGCUGGCGGCAGAGUCAAGCUGUCAAGGUCUCUCUACUCCCCUAAAUGUACCGAAAGUCCUAGACAGCUCGUCUUCUCUGCGACCAACAAUGUUUCGACAACGCCUCGGGAUCACCGUACAGAGAUCAUUGCCCGUCUCCGUGGCCAAGAAAUUCAUGUUCCGGAUGUGUAUUACAUAUACACUGAUUGGGUUACCAAAGUGCAUCCUGAUGUUGAAGUGUUGAGGAAUCAUUUGGAGGGAUACUUCCAAAGGUUCAUCAGCACAGAAAGUCAACGGAAGAAACAGCGCAGAGUGGACAACGGCCUCUGCGUGGGAUACUUCUGGACACAUGUCGAGCCAGAGAAGUUUAUCGUAUUAGGAGAACUUGUUGCUUGGUUCUUUUUCUGGGAUGAUGAAAUUGAUUGCGGUACUCUGACCGACGAUCGUGACAAGACCGCAGCGUACUGUGAUGAUACACUCGAUUUCAUCCGAUAUUGCUUGCAACCGGAACUUGACGGUGAGGUUCCAGCGCCAGGACGACUGCACAACUGCGGUCCGUGGGUCAACAUGGGAAGAGCGAUGCAGGAAGGGCAGUCGAAGGAAGCACGCGACCGAUUUGCUGAAGCCAUUUACGACUUUAUCCUUGGCGUUCGAGCAUCACAGGCUAUGUGGGCCCAGGGAAUAUCCACCCUAGAGGAAUACACAGCGCGCCGCCUAAGAACCGUUGGGACGAACCCUUGCAUCGCGAUUAUGCAAUGGGCCUACAAGCUCACGCUGCCCUCAUCGGUAUGGGACCAUGAGGCUCUAGUAGCCAUAACACACGAAGUGGCCGUCUCUGACUUCCUUUGGAACGACAUCGUAAGCUUGCGAAAGGAGAUCGACGACGGGGAUAUCGAUUCUGCAAUUCCAGUUAUGGUGUGGAAUAAGGGAUGUAGUGCGCAGGUCGCCGUCGAUCGAUGUGUUAAGAUGGUGGAGGAAAGCUGGGCGAGGCUGCUGGAAGCGGAGAAGCGACUUGUGAAAGCGCAUGCUCAAGAGCCAGAGCAGAUCAGGCGUGAUAUCGAGACGCUGGUCGGCGGGUGCGCUGUGAACACGUUGAGCGCGAUCUACGCUUUCGAGACCUAUGGUUUCCACGAUGUUGCCAUAGUACAUGAUGGUCCCUGUAUUGUACCAUCUCAAACAAGCCACGAGUUCGAACACAGUAUCGGCAGAAGUCGCUUGCCCAUACCAUCCUUCCGGCGACCCGAGACAUUUAUACAACAACAUAGAUCAGCGGCGAGUAGAUGA